GGCGCAGUCACCGCCGCCGCCGCCUACUGGGGCCUCCUGAACCCGGGCCUCUUCACUGAGGGAGGGAGGGAGCCCGGGCCUCCUCCUGCCCCUGCUCCUCUUUCCUGGGCGGCAGCAGCAGCAGAUUUAAUCAAACAUAAGAAAGAGGAAACUUCCAUGGUGCAGACAGAUGAUGAUCAAUUGAUAAACCAACCCUGAGUUUUACCAGACUUUUAAGCGGCGGCGGCGGCGGCGGCGGAAAGAAUGUCGGCGCGGGCCGCGGGUGACGUCAGAGGGGAGCAACGCAGAGCGGCGGCGGCGGCGGCGAGCAGGCAGCAGCAGCAGCAGCAACACCAGCAGCAGCAGCAGCAGCAGAGGCGGCCCCGGCCAGGAGGAGGAGGAGGAGGAGGGCCAGAGAGCGGCCUCUGCUCCAGCGCCAGCACCACCACGACGCUCUCCAUUGCCACCGUCAGCCCGGCCGCCGCCGCCGCCACCAGCAGCAGCAGCAGUGCCGCCACCCCCCCUCCCAACAGCGCCUCAAUGGCGGCGGCGGCGGCUGCUGCUGCCGCUGGUGCUGGUGGUGCUGGGGAGCGGCGGUGCCUGCCCAGCCCGGAGGCCAUGCUGGGGCAGCCCUGGAGCCACUGGGUGGACGCGGCCAAACUUCACGGCAACGACGGAGCAGCCUUGGAAGAAAGCUUCAAGGAAUAUGGGAAAAACCGAGAAGCAAUGCGACUCUGUAGAGAAGAUAUGCCAAUAUUUGGUCUUUGUCCAGCUCAUGAUGACUUCUAUUUGGUGAUGUGUAACCACUGUAAUCAGGUCGUGAAACCACAGGCAUUUCAAUCACAUUAUGAAAGAAGACACAGCUCCUCUAGCAAACCGCCUUUAACCCCUACAUCCUCUUCAGUAUUCUCCCUCUUUUCAUCUCAGUCUUCAAAAAGCAAAGGUAGCAGUGGAGGGGGGAGCAAUCGGUCAUCUAGUGGUGGAGGUACUAGUGUGUCGUCAUCAUCCAGUUCCAAGUUAUUGAAAUCAUCCAAAGACAAGCUGCCAAUUGGUGGAAACAAUAGGCCAAUACAUCUGGUACAUAGCAAAGGUCCCCAUGACAAAAUCAUGACUCCAUCUGUCAAAGUGGAAAAAAUACAUCCAAAGAUAGAUGGUGCAUUAUUGAAACCUGCUGUUGGUCCAACCUGUUCUACUACUGUGAGCUCCUCAAUAAAGACUGGCCUUAAUCCCUCAAUACCAAAGCCACCCUUGCCUUCCCCUGGACAGAUACUGAAUGGUAAAGGUCUUCUCUCUGUGCCUCCAUACUUGGAAAAGAAACAAGACGAGGGUACAAACAAUAGGAAAUUUUUACACAAACGAUUAUCAGAGAGAGAAUUUGACCCUGAUAUCUAUUGUGGCGUCAUUGACUUAGAAACCAAGAAACCCUGUACUAGGUCUUUGACAUGCAAGACACAUUCCCUAACUCAACGGAGAGCUGUGCAGGGUCGGAGAAAGCGAUUUGAUUUAUUACUCGCUGAGCACAAAAGCAAAACCAGGGAAAAAGAAUUACUCCGCCAUUUGGAUCAUCAUCAGCAGAUGCCCCCUCUCAGGGAACCACAUCCCUCACCUUCAAGAACUUCCCAGGAGCUGCACCAAAAUUCUCAUGGAGUUAUUCCUACAGAAUCAAAGCCUUUAGUACCUAAUAAACCCAAACCUCAUACCCCCAGUCUUCCAAGGCCUCCAGGCUGUCCAGCCCAACAGAGUGGGAAUGCCCCUAGUGAGUCUCUGUCAGUCCAUGAAUCUCCACAGGCUCCCCUGCCUGCCACUGAGCCAGCAUCUCGGUUAUCCAGUGAUGAGGGAGAAUGUGAUGAAAAAGAAGAGCCACUUGAAAAACUGGAUUGUCUUUAUUCAGAUCAUCAUCCUCAACCAGCUGCUUUUUGCACAUUUGGUAGUCGACAAAUUGGAAGAGGUUACUACGUGUUUGACAGACGAUGGAACCAUAUCCGAUGUGCACUUAACGUCAUGGUGGACAAGCAUCUUAACUCACAGAUGUGGAAGAAAAUUCCUCCAGCAACAAGUAACAGUGCAUCUGUACAUGCUCCACACCGGACAAGCUCAACGCCUGUGUCCCAAUACGGUGCCAGCACAACAGGUUUCCACCAACCCACCACAGCUAUGUCUCCACCAGUACUUGUGUCUCCUUCCUGUUUAUCUCUUAGUGGUAAAUCAGUACCAUCUCAUGGGACUACGCUAAAUGCCAACCCUGCUAGUUUUGGUGCAGCAGAACCUGCCUGCAGUAUGCAAUCAAGACAAGUGUCUACGUCCCCUUCGACACCUCCAGUGCUUUCCUCAGUACCUUCACCUCUGUCCAGCAAACCUCAGAAAUUGAAAUCCAGCAAGUCUUUUAAGCCUAAGGAACCUUCCGCUAGCAGCACCAACUGUAACAGUACCAGUAGCAACAGCAGUAGCGGCAGCUCAGGAAAGAAACGUAAAAACAGUUCUGUGCUGCCAGCACCUUCUUCUCAUUCCACAGAGUCCUUUAGGAAAAACUGUGUGGUUAACUCUGGAAACUCUGGGGCUUCUUAUCACUCACCUGUGAUGUCUUCAUCCCACAGUGUUGGCCUCAAUUGUAUGACUAGUAAAGCUAACUCUGUUAGCCUCAAACAUGACCAAUCAGGGAGGGGCCCUCCAAGUGGGAGCCCUGCAGAAUCGAUUAAAAGAAUGAGCGUGAUGGUGAACAGUGGCGAUUCCACCCUCUCAUUGGGGCCGUUCAUUCACCAGUCCAGCGAACUGAGUGUUAACUCGCACAGCGGGUUUUCACAUUCACAUCCUUCCCUAGAUAAAUUAAUAGGAAAGAAAAGAAAGUGCUCGCCUGGUUCAAGCAGCAUAAACAGCAGCAGCAAAGCAAACAAGGUUGCCAAAUUGCCACCAGUGAACAACAUUCACACAAAACACACUGGUGCAAUCCCAGGGACACAAGGACUGAUGAACAAUUCUGUCCUUCAUCAGCCAAAGGCUCGUCCCUAACAGUUGACAGUACCGUGAUAGAACUGGAUUAUUUUCACUACACGUGGAAAAAAACUCCAUCUGGAAAUUCUGGACUCCAAGAUGCCUUUUUGAGUUCUCCCAGCUUCCCGCGGUCCUCAGGUGUGGAAAUCUACUGGACUGUCACCCAAUCAAGGAGUUUCCCUGAAGCCAUGUCUGUAGCAGCGAAGCUUGGAAAUGGACACUAGAUUGCUGUCCAGCCACAGGAUUGUUCCUAUCAGUGUUACCCGUGGUCUGGACAUCUUGCUACAAAUCCCUGUCAGAUUUUUACUUACAGGAAUACAUCAUCUUGCCACUAUUUGGUCUAGAUUGGUUGGGCUAAGCAAAGUUUGGGGAAGAACAUUACUGUGGACUUGUUUUUCUUUUCUUCUGAUGGUGUCAUAGGCAUAACUAACUGCCAUUUUGACACUGUCCAAUGAAAAAAACCCUCAAGAAGGGGGCACAAUGUGUUAGGCACAAUAAAAAAAGAAGAAGAAGCCCUCAAGAAGGGAAUAUGGCUUUAGUGUUUUAUAGUAAUGUUCCUUGAUUGGAAUGCAAAAAUAGCACAAUUUAGAAACAAUUUACCCAGCAUUUGGGGAUAAAAAUGAUUUGGGAUAAGAAGCUGUCAGGAGUUCUAAAAAACAAACACAUGCUCUCCCCCCCCCCCCCCUUUUUUUUUCCUCUGAGUGAUGUGGCCAUCACCCAAAAAGAAAAGCAGGUUUUAAUUUAAAGAAAAAAAAUAACAUGGUACAGAAUAAUUGUAUGGGCAGCACCCACCAAGCAUAGCUGCUUAAAAUCCUUUGUUCAUUCCAGGGGAGCCUGGGGAGGGAGGGCCCUCUGAAAGUCCCAUGGAAAUGAACGGAGGCUGCCAGUGGCAUUGUUUGGAGGAGGGCUGUGCCUGCUUGAUUUUAAACAAAAUUGCUUUAAUUUUAAAAUGUACAUCAACCACUUUCAAAUUCAGGAUGGUGAAUGACCUCUAAAACUAUUCCCAAAGAAAACAUUUCUUGACCUAUACUGUAUGCCAUAAGCCUUUGUUGUUUGGAGUAAGUGAAGGAGAAACUAGAAAAUGCCAAUUGAAGUCGGUUGUAGCAUCCAACCUUUUCAGGUGGGCACAGGGGAUAAAAAACUGAAACAUAAAUGUACAAAACUGAAACAAAGUGUAAGACACUGAAUUCUCAGUGAUUCUUUUUUUUUCCUCCCUAGAAAUACUUUGCAGUACGUUGAUAUUAUAUACCAAUUUCUAAACUCCAUGUUCAGAUUUUUUCUGAUGACUGCAUUAAGUGCCAGUUCAAAUUCUGAGCUCAGUGUUAUAUUGAACCCUUUGUGUCGCCAUCCUGAACACAAUAGGGGAGUGUUUUUAAACAUGUUAUCUGAUUCCAGAUUUUAACCCCACAAGAAACUUUUUAGGGGAGGGAUCAAAACUUAGAAGGGCUUUAAUAUUAUCCAUUGAUCUGGUUAUUUCCAGCAGUAGUGAAUCUUGAAAUACAACAUAGAAUGUUAAAACCUUUUAUAUGAAGGAAAGAGCAAAAAGUAUAAAUCCAAACAAACCAUAAGGUAUAAUCCAUGAGGAGCUUUCCUAGUGCAAAUAUAUAUGUAUUAAAAAACCACCUGCAAUCCAUUUAAUGGAGUGUGUUGGAUUGUGAGUUCAGACAGCCAUUUCCUCCCCAGUGAGUUUAUUUGUGCAGCAAUCAACUGAGGCAAGAUGGAGGACACCAGCUAGCUAUGGGCUUGGUUCAGCCCCUCCAAGCCCUUGGUAAUCAUGUGGCCAAAAGGUUAACUAUCUGAGGAAGAAGAGUGGUUGUCUGAAUCACAUGAACAGCGCUCAUGCAGGAGUAGCUCUCAAAGGAUGUGCCUGUAGACUUCUGCCUUAAAAGGGCCACCAGAUCUUGCUGAGAUUAGACAAUCUGAGCCUACCUUGUUGAUGCAGCCCAGCCUUUCUCCCUACAAUGGUGGCAAAUUGCACAUCAGGGAUCCUAAAGCCACCACGAGCAGCAACUCCUUGGGGUUUUUUGUUUGUUGAAUUUUAACUAUUGACGUUUCCAAAUCGACGUGAAAUUUGCUACUGAAUUACUAAAACACCGUGAAGCAACAAGACUCUAUGCAGACAACUCUAAAGCCUUGAAAUUACAAAAGAUCAUGUGUUGUUUUUAAGAAAAGGAAAAAAAAGUACUUUCAAUGGUGAUGAUUAUGCAAAUAUUUAAAAUGAUUGCAUACUGGGGGGCGGGGAAGUUUUAAGCGAACCCCUCAGUUUAUAGAUGAUUCUGUAAAAUUUUAAAACCAAUUGUUAAUUGGCUUAUUUGGGGAGUGGGAGGGUACAACCAAAGUAAUGCAUCUGCUCCUGCAGAGAGAAAAUCAACACAGGCGCCAUCCCAUGUGUUGGGUAUUUUCAAUCACAAGUGCAAUUUGGUUUUGAUAGAUUUACCUUUGAAGGUCAACAAAUUUUUCAUAAGUUAAAACUUUAGUGGCUUUAAGUACUCAAAAACGUGUUUGUUUUAUAAAUAAAAUGCUCUGAAAAGAUCA